GUCACUCAUCGCUCAUUCCUGUCGCCGUUCCCGGAAGUUACGAAGUUACAGAGUAAGAACUCCAGAUGACGUAAAAGAAGAGGAAAGUUUCAGCACAUUCUGGGAUCCUCGCUCCAGCUCCACUGGACUGUCAGCAACAAGUUCAGAAAAAUGCUGCUCUACAUCCUGGGGCUGGUGGCUGCCUGGUUCAUCUAUCGCUGGUACAAAGAAAGCAAACGAGUUCCCAACGAGGGGGACAAAUAUGUGUUCAUCACUGGCUGUGACUCCGGCUUUGGGAAUAACCUGGCCAAACAUCUGGAUAAGCUGGGCUUCCGCGUCAUCGCAGGCUGUUACACGGAGAAGGGUGAAAUCGAGCUGAAGAAGGUCUCCUCUGAGCGGCUGACCACCAUUCCUCUGGACGUCACCAAAUCUGAGAGCAUCAAGAAAGCAACGGCUUUCAUUAAGGAUCUGGUUGGAGAGAAGGGUCUGUGGGCUGUAGUGAACAACGCUGGAGUCGGCACCCCGUCCGGCCCAUGUGACUGGCUCAACGUAGAAGACUACAAGUCCAUGUUGGCUGUCAAUCUGAACGGUGUGAUCGACGUGACGCUGAGCGUCCUUCAGCUCAUCAAGAAGGCUAAAGGCAGAGUGGUAAACGUGGCUAGCGUGUUUGGGCGCAUCAGCCCGUUCGGUGGACCUUACUGUGUGUCCAAAUACGGAGUGGAGGCCUUCAAUGACAGCCUGCGUCUGAACGUGGCUCCGUUUGGAGUGAAGGUUUUGUGCAUCGAGCCAGGUUUCUUCAAAACGAGCAUGUCCGAUACGGCCGUGUUGAAGAGUAACAUGAAGAAGCUCUGGGACCGAUUACCUCAGGAGACGAAAGACGACUAUGGUCCUGCUUUCCUGGACAUAAUGCUCGAACAGAUGGAUGAGAGGUCUAGGCAGUUUACCGACGGCGACCUUAUGAAGGUGGUGAGCUGCAUGGAGCACGCCAUCUCUGCCCUCCACCCUCGCUACAGAUACUCACCAGGAUGGGACGCCAAGUUCUUCUGGCUGCCCCUGUCCUACAUGCCGAGCUGCCUGGUGGAUCGAUUUUUCCUCAGAUACACGCCGCACCCCAAAGUAUCAGUUCUGUAGCUUUUGAAGUGCAUGUUUACCUAUUUGAGGAUCACUUGUUUUAUUUUAUAUAUUCUGAAACAAAUGAGUGCUUCAAGACCAUGCCUGCUCUCUAGUGCUCAUGUUGCACAUCAGCAACAACCUGUAUAUGUAAGACACAGGCUGGUUGUUUUGAAUGCAUCAUCGUUACAUCUGUUGGAAAAAUGUUUUAUGACUAUUUAAAUUCCUGCAUUUUUCAUAAUUAUGUAAUCCCAUCUAACUUGUUGCACAAGCCCACCGUGGUGAACUCUUAUCUACUAUGGAACUUUGACUCUGCAGACAUUACGUAACUCCACUUGUAACUUUGACUUGGCAUUUUGUACGGCUGAGCGCGAGGGAGCAGUUGCAGCUAAGGAGUUGCCGCUAUGGUAUGUUUACAUUAUUAGUAUCACAUAUAAUGCAGUGCUUUAGUUAGAGCUGAUCAACUUUGUGAGCCUUAAAGGAGGAUCAAUGGAACAAUUAGUCUUCUCGCAAAUACCACAUGUGGAGUGUUCUAAUGCCAUCUAGUGGUUGGGUGUAAAUACAAUAAUCCACUCGGAGGGUUUAGUUUCAUCCUGCGGAAGCAUAAUGAAAUAUUUACUGUGCACAAACUGUUAUUUCAGUGGGAUUAUUAGUUUGUCAUUUGAGGAGAUUCACUGUAUUUUCUGUAUUUUGUGGUACACUGGUGAAAGUAUUAAGGUAAAAGCUAUCAAAGAAGUUUUUCUAAAGUUUGUCUUUUAUGGUUAAGCUGGUGCAAGUAAAAGCUGAAUUAAAAAGGCUAUUUUCUAUGUAAAAUUA